CAAACACAGACACAGACCUGACACCGCGGCUCCGACGACACGCAACAAAAGACACCCCGCCGCCGCUUUUCACGCCACUUUUCAUCCGUGGAGCGAAGGCAGGAGGACCCUUUACCUUCCCUCCGCAUGCCCGACACUCGCGUGUUUCCAGUGUGGCGGGGCGGUGGGGCCAGUGGUGGUGGCGGAGGCGGCUGGAGCCAGGGCUGGGGCUGGGGACGCUGCUUGAGAUGGGAGCCUGCAGGGCCAGGAGAAGGGGCCCAGGUCCCGGCGUUUGACUGCCCUGUCUGGUUAGUCCUCUGUCGUGGAGGACGGGCCAGGCUGAGGGAGGUGUGUCAGAGAGGGAGGGGUGCUAUCAGACUCCCCACAGACAUGCUCAGCAUCAAGCUCCCCCAGCUGUUUGACAUCCACCAGGUGCCCAAGGUCUUCCGGGAGGAUGGCAUCAUCUCCGGCUACCGUCACCCGCGGAGCUCCGCUAUGGACUGCCUCCUCAGCAGCUUCCAGAUGAACAACGAGACAGUCAACAUCUGGACCCACUUCCUGCCAACAUGGUACUUCCUGUGGCGUUUCAGCGUCCUCUGCUCCACGCUGAACUUCCUGACAGAUAGCUACACUUGGCCCCUGCUGGUGUACAUGCUGCUAAUCUGCGUCUACCCCUUCACCUCCAGCUGCGCACAUACCUUCAGUACCAUGUCGCCCGAGUCCCGGCACAUUUGCUAUUUCUUUGACUACGGAGCUCUAAGCCUAUACAGCUUGGGUUGUGCCAUAAGUUAUGGGUCCUAUGUCAUGCCCGACUGCUGGGUGAACACAUGGCUCCAUCAGCACUUCGUCCCCAUAGCCAUUGGCAACACGCUGCUCUGCACCAGCUUGUCCUGCUACUCCAGGUUCUUGGAGUUGCAGUUCCCGCAUAGAAGUAAAGUUGUUCGGACGGGAGCGUUUGUCUUUCCAUUUCUGUUCGACACUGUGCCUCUAUUUUACAGGCUGUUGCUAUGCUGCGGAGGGAACUGCAGCCCCAGCGAGGCCUUGUCCAGUCACUGUUACCACCUCCUCUUCGCCUUCCUCACCUGUUUCCUGUUUGCCUCUCACCUCCCGGAGAGGUUGGCCCCAGGGCGCUUCGACUACUUUGGCCACAGUCACCAGCUCUUCCACAUCAGCGCCGUGGUCGGGACUCACUUCCAGAUGGAGGGCGUGAUAGCGGACAUGACCUCUAGACGGGCGUGGCUCAUGGCCCACGGCGCUUUGCCCUCCUUCCUGGGCACCAUCGGGGCGCUGGCCAUCAGCCUCGUCCUCAACCUGGGCAUCAUCGGCAUUUUCAGCGCCCCCCUGCUGGGGAACCCCCACCAAAGUGCCAACCAGCCGCAGGCAUCAGCAUGCGAAUGCAAGGAGCAGUGAGGGUGAUUUUUCCACCACCGGCUCCAAACCGGCUAAUUUGCUUUCCAGAGGAAAGGUUUGGUUUGUACUGUUAGGUUGCUCUCAGCAGGCUCUGUUUGAGAUGACGAUGAGUGGUUUGUGUUAGUAUUUGUUUAACAUCAGUGCUUUUAUUUUUCAAGGAUAGGUUUUGAUACAUUGUUUUUGAUGCUAGAGCAUUUUUUUUUCUAACACGGAUAAAAAGUUUGUUCAUGUGUUCAGUGUUUACUCGGAAGCUGAGGACCCAGUCGUGACAUUUGAGUCUUUUGCUGAUUUUACAUUAAGUUACCAGCACAGAUUUGAAGAGCUGUAAACAAGUCCACCAUGUACAAAUGGCUGUUUAAUUUAUUUGAAUUCUCUUCAAAAACUUACACUUGAAAGGCUCUGGGUUGAAUGAAGCAUGCUUUUUAUAACACAACACAGAAGUGCCUUAUUGUAGAUCUACACUCCAUUUGCAAAGUUUACAAAAGAUUAUUACAAGUAAUAACACAAUACUGGUUUGGUCAGGCCUGAAACUGGAACAUUUUAACGUUGGGAUUUGCAGGGAUUUUUUCUAUAGUUAGGCUUUCUUUCUGCAUACUCUAGGCCAGCAUUUCCUUGGUGAUAUAUGGGUGAUCAAUAAUACUAAUAAUUUGUUAAAAAAUAUUCUAACUGGAUUACUUGGUUAGUAUGGUUAAUCAAUAAUGCUAUAAUCAUCUCACUGAAAUCUACAUAAUAUCAUGCAGAUUUGAUUGCCAGCUCCUAUAUAUAAACCUAUUGAUUCCACUCUGCAAAGACUGGAAUUGAUUUGCAGGCCAGUGUGUUUUUUUUUUCUGAUUGCCUGCCUCAUUAUGUACCCCACCAUCUACCUUCAUCAGAAAAAUAUAGCGCGCCUGUGAUUAAAAGACAGGUACCAUUUUAUGGCGGUACGUUUCUAUGGCAACUCUAUAGUCGCCGUAUACCCCCUGAAGGUCGUCAACAUUUUUUUCCCCAGUAAAUGGACCAUUUUCUUUUAUUCUUACAUCAAGAAUUACAGGUUGGGAAGGGAUCCAUUUUGAAUGUCUAUCAUGUAGCCCCUAUAAUCACAACCAGUUUUGGGCAGCGUGCCCCAAAUGUCAGAGAAAUAACUUCUCGAUGGUUAUAAUUCUCCUUCAUAUCCAUUUACAUUUUUCCAGUCUCUUGACAUUUGGCGGUGUUGGGGAUUUAUAUCGAUUAUUUUGUGGAUAUGGGGCGAAAAUGUUAACAUAAUUGACAUCAAGUGUUUGGUCAGUUGAAGAUAAUCCAGUUCAUUUUGGGGUCACAUAUUAACGCAGGAGUCUUGGCUUUGUGGUGUUCAAGUAUUUUGGUAGUCAUUGCAGGUUUAUGACAAACCAGUACACUCCUCCUACUGUGGUUUUCAUGUUGUUCUAUGAGGCUAUUGUUUACAUUUAUCUAUUUAUAGAAUUUUCCAUAUUUAUAGUAAAUAUAGCUUUUGUUUUAGGUACAUAAUAUGUUAAUUAUAAUGAUACCACGUAUCAGAAAUGAUAAAAAAGAAAAAAAGGCCAAAAGGAAUGUUUAAUUUGUCUAAAUUGUGGAACCUAGUAUAGAUGAGUUAACUUCCUAAUAAAUUCAUGGUUGAUUCAUUAGAUUAAUUCAUCCAUAAUCUUGUCACAGCAGCACUUGUACGUUCACCAGUGAUAAAUGUGGUGAACCGGGUGUUGGGCCUUACUUAAAAUAAAUAAAUAAAUUUAAAAGAAGGGUCCAUUUAAUUGUCGUAGUGCUACCACAGGCACAGUCUACAGCAGCACUCAUUUUAUUAGGAAAAAAAAAAAAAAACAGAAGGUUUAUCUGCAGUAAACAUGUUUUAAAGCAUUUACAGCACCAAUUUACACCUAAUUCCACCAGUAACACUACUAAUUGUCUGUCUGUACUCACAACCUACUAACACACAUGCACACGCACGCACUAAGUUGUUAGAUGAGGCUGUGGAGCUCUGUAUGUGAAGAGACUUUGGUAAGAGGGAAAGUGCAUGUGAAUUUGUGGUCAGAGAGAGAAAUGAGCUGCGUUACGGGUCCAGAUUUGAUGUCCAAGUGGAAUACAGAGUCUAGUGAACAUGUAGAAUCACACUGUGCAACCACGCACACACACAAACACACACACACACAAACACACACAUUUUUGUCUUAGAACAGUGGAUGUUUUAAAACGUGUUUUGAAGGUUAGUGGGUAGAGUGUUAAGAGUCACAUUGCCCUUUUCAUCGUAGACAAAAACAGCAGUUCUGGCACGCACUCUUCUGUUUUAUUAACCCCCGCCCCCCGCCCACGCCGCCUCCCGCUGGGUGCUUAUUGAUUUUGACUUUCUCCAGAGUCAUCAUCUUACAGCGCCUCUCUAUUUGACCCUGUUGAUUCUUGGAAUUGUGUCAUUACUGGCUUCCGAUGUGGUGCUUGCUAUCGACCCAAACUAGUUUGGAAUUCAUUUAUUUCUGCGCUACUGUUAUUAUUCUCCUCCCAGUCUUCCUUGACCGUUCCGUAGCUAUGGUUUUAAAAAAUGAAAAGUGAAGAAGUUCCACAGUUGUUCCAAGUUAAUUCCAGAUGUGGGACGCCGGAUGACAUUCUGGCAUCCCAUAAAUAAUUAGUAUACAGUCUUUUGAAUUGCAUUUUUUCUAUUUUCUUAUUUUUCUUUUUAGUUUAAGCAAACCGUUUCAAUAAUCUAGCUUCAUUUGCUGACCAAAAAAAAAAAAAAAAAAUUAAACCUCAUAAUUCCAAGGUCACAGAGGUUUUUCCAGUCAUAAUGAACUGAAUACAGACCAGGACACUCGUGCUUCAAACAUCAUUUAUUCAGUGUUUAAAAUUCCUCAUUGGACAAGGUUUCUCAGUCAGUAAUUACAUGUAUAAUUGGGCACUUUUCUUGUGACUUUUUUUUUUUUUUUUUUUUUUAAAUAUAUUAGAGGACAUGUUUGAGAAAGCAAAAUAGAGAGCAAAGAGUUGGGUUGGAUGAACCAUAUAAUACACCAGAAUCUUUCUGUGCCAUUAGCUAUGAAAAAAGUAGGGUCUGAAAGAGUUUAUUGGUGCCUAGUAACAUUUUAUACAACCUGUUUUGAUAUAAUGCUGUUUUGCAAAAACUUAUGUACUUGUUCCUUAAAAAAAAGAUGUCAACAAACUACUCUUGCAAUGUAAAUACUUAAUUGUUCUUUGCUGUGUAUAAUUUGUAAUUUGCUACAUUGUUACUUCCACUAAAUUUGUGUAAGUUAAGCCUUUUAUAAAUGUAAUCCUUGUCACUGGAAUAAUUUCAAUAAACAUGACUUGCCACAUUUUUGA